AUGGUUGUGGGCGACAGCAAGCGCACCGCCAACAUCAUGGACGGUAUUGAGAACACUGGUGACGUGCGCAUGCAUGACCACCGGCUUCGACUCAAACAACGAUUCGAUAUCGUGAGAAAAUUAGGUCAAGGAACGUAUGGUAAGGUGCAGCUAGGCAUCAACAAGAAGACCGGACAAGAGGUGGCUAUUAAGACCAUUAAGAAAUGCAAGAUUGAAUCGGAAGCUGAUCUCAUACGCAUUCGGCGCGAGGUUCAGAUUAUGUCCUCAGUCCGUCAUCCAAACAUUGUACAUAUUUAUGAAGUUUUUGAAAACAGUGAAAAAAUGAUACUGGUAAUGGAGUAUUGCUCCGGUGGAGAAUUAUAUGAUUAUCUAAGUCAAAAAAAAGUAUUACAAGAAGACGAAGCAAAAAGGUUAUUUCGACAAAUCGCAACUGCUGUGUAUUAUUGCCAUAUACACAAAAUCUGCCAUAGAGAUUUAAAAUUGGAAAAUGUUCUAUUGGAUGAUACUGGCAGUGCUAAGAUUGCUGACUUCGGUCUAUCAAAUGUCUUCAAGGAGACAUCUCUCCUGUCCACAUUUUGUGGGUCCCCACUGUACGCCUCUCCAGAAAUCGUCAAAGGAACACCUUACAUUGGUCCCGAGGUUGAUUGCUGGUCACUUGGUGUGCUGUUAUAUACUCUAGUCUACGGGGCCAUGCCAUUUGACGGCUCCAACUUCAAGCGUCUAGUCCGACAGAUUAGUAACGGUGAUUACUACGAACCUAGGAACCCAUCGAGUGCGUCCCCCCUUAUACGUGACAUGCUCACAGUGGAUCCACUUAAGCGUGCAGACAUUGCUUACAUCUGCGAUCAUCCGUGGGUGAACACGGGGUGGGAGACUUCGUGCCUGGAGGAGGCGGAGGCGCUGGCGGCGCAGACGCCGGUGCGGCUCGACCUGCUGCUGUCGCUCGCGCCCGCAGCGCCCUCUAACUCCAACUCCGUUAUGGUUCCCAACGAGAAUGAACUGGGACCCGAAGAAAGUGGCACGGACCUUACGAGCUCCGCGUCGAUGGCCAUUGAACCAAGUACUUCUGCUGAGAAGAGAAUAUUAGAGCUUGUGGCCGAGGGCGGUGAGGAUGCCAUAAAGCCAUCUCCAACGCGCACGAUAGUGUCGGCCAGUGACAACAAGCGCAAGCUCGAGAUUGCCAUGUCGCCUAGCGGCAUGCAGCGGAAGAAGGAAAGAGUCGCCAGUUGUGCCAGCAUUGCUGGCCAAACUCCAGCGUUACCUGAAGAGAAUGCACCAGAACCACCCGCCGAAGAACCUCCGCUGACACCGGAAACGACAACACAACCAAUGCUUAAGUCGUCAGCCACUAUUACCAUCCAACCGGCCCCUGUCGAACUUACAAAAGAUUUGACAAAGGAAAUUGUGAAGGAGCCAGUAGCCCCACCCAAAGAAGAAGUUAUCGAGAAACCAUCCAAACCGCGCGUCGCUGUUAAAAAGAAGGCGUCUCCGACUAAGGUACUGGAAGAGAAACCGCUUGUGGACAAAUCUGAAGAACCAAAAGCGCAAGAAGAAGCAAAAACAAACGCAGUUUCAUCCGUAGCAGAUAAGCUGACGUCACUGUCCGUGGCACAAGCCGCCGCGGCUCCUGCCAACCAGGCACCUGCUCCCAAACCUAAGAAAUUGUCUAUUCCAGGAGGCAAUGUGGGUAACUUUAAAGACCAAUUUGAGAGAAGAGCAUCACUGACGUCUACCCCUGAAAUAAAGCGCAACGUUUCUAAACCAGUCGUAUCAAAGAUCGCCAAACCCAAAGCACAAAGUGAAGACCGGGAAUUACCUCUCAAGGCACCUGAUAAUGGCACUGUCAGAUUACAACAGAUUGGCAUUGAGCCUUCACAGCAGCCCCCCACUGAACCGGAGCAGAGCAUUCGCGGCGGCGUAAAGAAGACCGAGAGCGAGCCCUCGCACGGAUCCACCGCCGUCGAUCCCUCCGUACUCCUGCAGGACGCCAGGAGGAGUCUACAGAAUUCUAUGGCGAAACUUGUCGAGGAAAAAGUGGCUGGCGAGGAGAGUCGACGGCGAGCUGCAAGGGAUAUCAUCUCGUCUGCUAUACGUACAGGCAAGCCCCCAAUGCCGUACAGUCGGUCGUCGUCGGCGGGCGUGACGUCACUGUCGUCUCCGCCGGGCACGCCGUCUGCCGGCUCGCUGCCGCGCGUGUUCCGCACGGAGGCACAACACCGCGUCGAAGACCAUCGCAACAGAGGCGUAUCUGUGGAACGGAUUAUCCCCAUUCACGUAGCGGACGAGUCACCCACAUCACCACCACCGCCCUUGCCUCAGCAACCGCCGCCGAAGCCUGCGCCCAGAGUAUCUACUACCCCUGUCAGACGCAUGACGUCCGCGGAGUCGGGCGCGUCGGAGGCGUGCAGCAGCCCGGGCGAGCCCAUCAAGAAGUCUGCGCGCGAGUUCAUCAUUCCCAUCGCCGUCGAGGGCAAGGGCUACGUCACGCCGCGCCAGCGCUCGCUCGAGCCCGACCACCCGCCCGCCCCCCGCCACCGCGCCGCCAGGCCCCGCCGCAUGGGUAGCUUAGUGAGCGGCGGAGAGUCCGAGGAGGAGGAGGACGCCCACAUGCACCGCCUGCGGCCCAGCCGAGCGGCGCGGGCCGAGUCCGUCAGCUCCGGAGAGGACGACGAGGAGGACGAAGGUUUCCACCUGCUCACUGCGGAGAAUUUGUUCUCUACGUUAUUACACAGGGUGCGCGCACUGACUCAGCGUCUCAACGGUGAGGAAGGCCCUGGCUUCGGACAACACUCACUGUUCAACAAUCUGCAGUCGCCAUUCUUUAACAGGUACUUUAGAACAUGUCAUCAAACAUCUGGCUUAAACCAACUCGAUACAUCAAUUUUAGGAGAAUAUAUUUUUGAUUAA